AUGAAGAUAUAUCCAAGAAACAGAGCACAGUCAACAUUCCGACUGAGAUCAAACACUGUCUUCUGGUCUCGCCGAUGGAUCUGGUUCCGCUGGCUAGGAUAUCUAACCUGUCUGGUCACCGUCUUCCGCGUCUACUCAUAUCUCGCCCAGAACCCAGAGACGAAUCUACUCCGGACCCCUUUCAAUUCUUUUUAUCUGCCGGGCAUCCUUCAACCGGGCCAGUAUCAGCAAAUCUUAGGUUUUGCGCCUGCGACAGAUGACGUGCCAUAUGAGGACCCCGAUGUGGAUGAGAUGGGAAUGGUGCAUGACCGGAGAGAUAAGCAAUUUUACCUCGGUGGUACUCUCACCCUAACAAGUAUCAAAUCCGUCAACCCGUCGCACCCAGUCCCGUUCAUCUACGACCCAUACCCAGCAUACAACAGUCGAAAAUGGAAAACGCAAUACCACGGCCAAUUCCAACCAUGCAUGGGUCCGCGAGGCCAUUUCCUCGACCGCAAACGACCAGAAGAUAUGGUCCAAGUCUACAAAGGUCAACAAACCGGGUUUCCCGAACCGAAAUUUGGAUCGUACGAGGCAAUGGAGCUAGACGGCGAAGUCUGCACAGAUCGCUACUCCCGCUUUGGAGCAUAUGGUUUUGAUGAACAUGGCGAAGAUGAAUUGUCUGGUUUCUCACGGCCACCCGCUGUACCCUGGUAUCGCGUUGAUUGGCACAAAUUGCAAUCUCAAUGUCUGGAACGGAAUGCUGGGCGGUAUAAGACGAGUGAUGUGUUGAACAUUUCUAUGCAGAGUCCGCUGGCUUUUGAUCUUCCUGAUACUCCUCAUAAGACGUGGGGCUCGCCUCCUAUUUCGGCGUCGAAUGUGAAGCAGUACCAUCCUCGUACCGCGCUGCUGAUCAGGGCUUGGAAUGGGCUGAAUUGGAAGCCGCAUCAUCGGGAAUAUCUGCGUGCGCUGAUUAUGGAGCUUUCCUUGCAUUCUGGUGGGGAGUAUCAGAUCUUUCUUUUGAUUCAUGUUAAAGAUGAUGAGAUGCCUAUUUUCUCGGAUGCUAAGACGAUCAAUCGGCUUAAGAGUUCUAUUCCCGAGGAAUUUCGGAGUAUGACUCUGUUCUUCAAUAACAAACUCUUGGAGGCUUGGUAUCCGAAGAUAGAAGAACACAGUCCCCAGCUUCAACACCACCAACCACUGCAGAUAUUCGCCCAGUUAUAUCCCAACUUCGACUACUAUUGGCAACUCGAAAUGGACGGUCGACACACAGGACACAUCUAUCACUUCCUCAAACAAUCAAUCUCAUUCGCAAGAGCCCAACCACGAAAAUACCUCUGGGAACGAAACGCCUACUUCUACACCCCCGGCGCACACGGCAACUGGAGCGAGUUUACCUCGAUGGUCGACAAAAGUCUACAAGGCCUCUCAAGCCAAACAGUUUGGGGCCCAGUAUCCGGCACAGGAAUCAGACCACUAGGCCCAGACCCGCCAGUCCCACACCCAGACUACGACAACUACACCUGGGGCGUAGGCGAAGAAGCAGACUUCAUAACCUUCCUCCCAAUCUUCAAUCCAAAAGACACAGAAUGGACAUUCCCCAACAAAAUCUGGAACUUCAAAUACGACGACGAAACGCCGCGCCGUGCAGCUGUUAUCACAAUGGGCCGGUACUCGAAACGGCUGCUCGAUUUGAUCCAUUAUGCACAGGCGACGAAGGGACUGGGUCUAGCUUCCGAGAUGACUGGCGCGUCGUGGUCGCUUUUCCAUGGUCUUAAGGCUGUGUAUGUUCCGCAUCCUAUCUAUGCUGAUGGUCUGUGGACCCCGCAGGAACUGGCGCGCAUUUAUAACCCUGGCACGCCAGAGAAUAUUAAUGGGGGGCCGGAUAGUAUUUGGAAUUUUGGUCAUGUUUUUGAUCAUAUUACUUAUCGGCUUUCGUAUAUGUUUACCACGCAUAGUGCUGAGGAUUUGUAUAGACGUUGGUUAGGGUUUCGAACUGCAGAGCAUGAGGGUGGGAAGAUGUUGUAUGAGGAUCGCUUUGGGAGGCAUUGUUUUCCGUCUAUGUUUCUACAUACGAUUAAGAAUACUGCUCGUGAGAUCGGACAAGACAGGGCUGUUCCGUGA